AUGGUCAACCCCUCCGUCCCCAACGACUACGCCCUCUCCCCGGCUGAGGCUACUCCUCAUCUGACAAUCAAUCAUGAUGUCGCUGCUGACCUAGACUCCACCAACGCCUUUGAAGGCCCGGAGAAGCUCCUCGAAGUGUGGUUCGCCCCUGGCCCCGAGUCCCUCCCCGCGAGCGCCCAGCCCAAUGGCCUGAAAGCCGUCUCCGCCGACACCUGGGUUACCAUGCUCGACAUGGUCAACUGCAAGAUCCUCUCAGUCCUUGAGUCUGACUCUGUCGACGCCUAUCUCUUGUCCGAGUCGAGCUUGUUUGUGUUCCCCCACAAGCUCAUUCUCAAGACCUGCGGCACGACCACUCUCCUCCUGGGCUUGCAGCGACUCCUCCACAUCGCGGCUGAAUACGCCGGCUUCCCGUUCCAUAACGCCAAGGAAUCCACCAACGUCAAGGCUGCUGCAACCCCCUACCGAGUCUUCUACAGUCGCAAGAACUUUUUAUUCCCUGACCGUCAGCAGGGUCCCCACCGAAGCUGGAGAUCCGAGGUCAAGUACUUGGAUGACCUGUUCGAGGGUGGCAGUGCCUACAUGGUUGGCAAAAUGAACGGCGAUCACUGGUACCUCUAUAUUACCACGCCGAACAAAACAUUGACGCCCCCUAGGACUCCUGACGAGGCAGAAGAAGCUGCUGCAUUCGCCGCCAGGAUUCCCACAGGUAGCGUGGCCAGUUUCAGCAGCGGCUUCGAGGAGCGCAGUGACGAAACUCUUGAAAUUCUCAUGACCGAUCUCGACCCUGAAAAUGCGAAGCAGUUCUACUUGGCGGACGCGAGUGCGGUCGCUACCGACAAGUUGCACUUGCCGCAGACACAGGCGGCUCGGGACGAUGCCCACCAGAGUUUGGGUGACAUGUCUCAGGUUCAUGACAGGGCGGGCGGCGAGGACCAUGUCGACGUCUUUGAGAACAUCGGCGAGUCUGACUUCAACGAUGGCGAACGUGCCGCCACUGAGGCUCUGACAACCGAGGGUCACGCGAUUGGUACUAUUGUUUCCGAGGGAUGCGGUCUCUCCAGCGUGUACCCAACCAGCAAGUAUCCCGGAGCUCGCGUCGACGCCUACCUCUUCAGCCCUUGUGGCUUUUCCGCCAACGGUGUUGUUCCUGCCAUUGCCGACGAAGACGAUGACUCGAAGAAUGAGAAGGGCGGAAAUGCUGCUCAUUACUUCACUGUCCACGUCACCCCGGAGCCCAACUGCUCAUUCGCCUCUUUCGAGACCAACGUCCCUGGAGGCCAGAGUGGCCGUACCACAGCUGAGAUCAUCGAGCACGUCGUUGACAUCUUCAAGCCUGGCCGCUUUAGUGUUACUCUGUUUGAGGCCAAGGGCAAGAGCGCCAACCCCUAUGGCAUGGGUGAUUAUGCUUCUCGUGCGACUGCCGUUCAGCGUCUCGUUGACCCUGUCCGCGGGUACCGUCGCAUUGAUCGCAUUGUCCAUGACUUUGAGGAUUACGACCUCGUCUUCCGCUUCUACGAACGGGAUGACUGGGCUGGCGACCGUGAGGCUCGCCUUGGAGAGGAGAUGUGA